AUGGACUUUGUUCAAUGCUUGCUAGAUGGCAUGGUAAUUGGUGGUAUAAAAAGAAAUUACCUAUCUCUCUCUCUUUUUCACUUUUUUGCUCAUUCAUUCACAGGAUGGAUCUUUUCAUAUCUCUCUCUCUCUGUCUAUCUAUCUUUCUAUCUAUCUAUUUCAACUGUAUCGAUAUAUCUCAUUCUGUUCAUAUCUAUCAAUCUAUCGAUGCAUAUAUAUUAUUUAUCUACCUAUCUAUCUAUGCAUAUACAUUAUCUAUCUAUCUAUCUAUCUAUCUAUCUAUCUAUCUAUGCAUCCACAUUAUCUAUCUAUCUAUCUAUCUAUCUAUCUAUCAGGGCAUAUACAUUAUCUAGGUAUCAAUCUAUCUAUUACCAUUGUGCUCCCUCUAUAUGUAUAGAUCAGUGUAACUAUUUCUCUCUAUCUCUCUCUCUCUCUCUUUCUCUCUCUCUCUAG